AUGGCGGUGGGCGCCAGGAUACCUCAGACGACAAUCGAUUUAAAAGACGCUUAUUAUUUAGUUCCAAUACAUGAAGAUACCCCUUUUGUGUUUACCAAAAUUAUGAAAGUAGUGGUCAAAAAUCUAAGAAGCAGGGGUUUUUCAUCAGUAAUCUACUUGGACGAUAUACUAUGUAUUGAGAAAAACGUCGAAGAAUGCGGAAAGAAUGUUCAGGAGACCUUAGAUCUUCUAGGAUGGUUAGGGUUCCUAAUCAAUCAGAAAAAAUCUAACAUCGUGCCAUCUAAACGAUGUAGGUGUUUAGGCUUCAUUAUUGAUUCUGAAAGGUACGCAAUCGAGCUCCCUGGGGGAAAAAGAGAUCAUAUUUUUCGCUUGCUUGAAUCCUUUUUAAAAUUGAAUAGAUGUUCUAUUAGAGAAAUAAUGCCCAGAAGAGAUGCUAUAAAAAGACGAGUCUUUUGUGAUGCAGAUCUUCACAGUUCUAAGUCCGGUUGGGGGGCCUGCAAUGAGAUUAGAAAGAUUCACGGUUUUUGGUCGGAAAGGGAACAGAGGAUGCACAUUAACUUUUUAGAACUGUUGACAAUUAAGAUUGCAUUAAGAGAAUUAACUUCAGAAUUAAGUAAUUGCAAGAUUCUAAUCCGGGUCGACAACACUACUGCUAUAUCUUAUUUGAAUAAGAUGGGCAGCACUAAAGUUCAAAAAUAUAAUCAGUUAGCUCGCGAGAUUUGGCAAUGGGCUGAAUAUAAAAAAUUAAUUUUAAUUGCCUCUUACAUUCCUUCCAAAAAGAAUAAGGUUGCCGAUAGACUGUCUAGAAUUAAAAACAUAGACACGGAAUGGGAGUUGAACGAGGUAUCCUUCCAACAGAUCCUUAGGACCUUUGGGAAGCCGAAAAUCGAUUUAUUUGCAUCCCAGAAAAACGCCAAAUGUGAGAGAUAUAUUUCAUGGAAACCCGAAAGUAAAGCCCUCUAUAUUGAAACGUUUACCAUUCAAUGGUCUAAUGUCUUUUUCGACGCUUUUCCGCCCUUCCCCUUGAUCUUAAAGACGUUGGCGAAAAUAAGGCGCGAAGAAGUGUAUGGAAUCUUGGAAACUAUCGCAUCCGAGAGCGAAACACCUCACUUUAAUAGCGAGCACAGUAUCAGGGAAGUUCUCUUGUUGAGAAAAAUUUCCAGAGAGGCCAUAGAAAUUGUCUUAGCUUCAUUAAUUUUAAAGUUUUUGACUGAUAAAUUUAACUCCGGGGCGUCUUAUGGGACCCUUAAUUCUUAUAGAAGUGCAAUCUCCUUACUUUCUGAAAAUAAGAUUGGAGAAGAUCCAGGCAUUUGUCGAUUUAUGAAGGGUGUAUAUAGACUCAGGCCUAUUCAACCAAAAUACUCCUCUACAUGGGACGUAGCAGUAAUACUUCUAUAUCUAUGUUUUGAAAUUCGAGAAGAUCUUAAAUGUCUCAAGACGCACGAUGCGAUUGCUUAA